ACCAACCUCGUGAGGAUCUGACGAGCAUAUGCUAGGAAAUUACACCAGGAGAUCUAAACAGUGAGGAAGAGUGAGAUUAUUGAUGAGCAGGAAACCACACCAUGGCUGAAAGGAAGAUCAUUUUUCUAUGUGAGCCGUGACAGAAUGGUGGACUGCCUGAGUCGAGUCAUGUUGCACACAGCUAUAUCUUGCUGGCAGCCAUUGCUGGGACUGGCCCUGGUGGCUGUCUUCUUAGGCUCUGCCCUUGCCUGUCCUUCUCGCUGUGAGUGUUCUGCCCAGAGUCGCGCCGUCAUCUGCCAUCGGAAACGUUACCCAGCUAUACCAGAUGGCAUUCCCAUUGAAACACGUAUCCUGGACCUUAGCAAGAACCGCAUCCAGGCCAUCAAUCCAGAUGACUUCUCUGUCUACCCACAUAUUGAAGAGCUGGACCUGAGUGGCAAUGUCAUUGCCUAUGUAGAACCAGGUGCUUUCAACUUACUCUCUAGUUUACACUCGCUCAGUUUGAAGAGCAAUCGCAUCAAGCUCCUGUCACUGGGCGUAUUCACUGGGCUUUUGAACCUCACCACACUCGACAUUAGCGACAAUAAGAUUGUCAUCCUUGUUGAUUACAUGUUCCAGGAUUUGCAUAAUCUCAAGUCAUUAGAUGUAGGAGACAAUGAGCUGGUGUAUAUCUCGCACCGAGCGUUCAAUGGCCUGAUUUCACUGGAGAGUCUAACACUGGAGCGCUGUAACCUGACCAUGGUGCCGACAGAUGCCCUGUCCCACCUUCACAACCUGGUGAGCUUGCACAUGCGCUACCUCAGCAUCAGCACCCUCCAACCUUACUCCUUCAAGAAACUAUUCCACCUGCGCCACCUGGAUAUUGACAACUGGCCUUCACUUGAUACUUUCCCAGCCAACACUUUGCAUGGCCUCAACCUCACCACCCUUUCUGUUACCAACACCAAUCUAUCCACAUUCCCCUACCAAGCCCUGCGCCACAUGCCUUACCUCACACACCUGAACCUGUCCCACAGCCACAUCCGCACUGUGGAAGGAGGUCUGCUGCAGGAUCUGGUGCGUCUCCGUGAGCUGAGAUUAGCAGCAUCCCAGUUGGUAUCUGUGGAACCCUAUGCUUUCCAGGGUCUACGUUGGCUCAGACUUCUUGACGUGUCCCAUAACAGGCUGGACACUUUGGAGAAGGGUGUAUUCCAUGCUCCAGAGUCCCUAGAAGUGUUACUUAUCCACGAUAAUCCACUUGUGUGUGACUGUCGGCUCAUGUGGCUGCUGCAGAAGGGGAACACAAUCUCAUUUGGAGAAGAGCAACCUGAAUGCAGUACUCCUGAGGGAAUCCGGGGGCGCCCUUUCAAGGAGUUCAAGGACACCCUGUUGUCCUACUAUGUGACCUGCACCAAGCCCAAGAUCCGAGAGAAUCGGACACAGCUGGUGUCUGUAGAGGAAGGGCAACCUGCCCAACUACACUGCAGUGCUGAGGGGACUCCUCGCCCCAGCAUUUCUUGGGUCACACCACGCCGGAGACAUCUAACCAACAGAAGUCAUGGAAGAGUAAUGGUGCACAACAAUGGCUCACUCUAUAUCAAGGCAGUGGAGCUUCAAGAUGGUGGCGUGUAUGUGUGUGUGGCCUCCAACACAGCUGGAAAUGACACACUCAUGGUGUCCUUGGCCGUCAAGAGUCUGGGCUCGCUCUAUGCUAAUAGGACCCAGUACAUCAUAGAUACUAAUAGUACUACUGCCAACAGCACCAAUUCCCCCAGCACAACCUUUGGCCUGGACCUAAAGACCAUCCUGGUUUCUACAGCCAUGGGUUGUUUCACAUUCCUUGGAGUCGUUCUGUUCUGUUUUCUGCUCCUGUUUGUAUGGAGUAGGGGCAAAGGAAAGCACAAAAACAACAUUGAUAUAGAGUACGUACCACGCUCCAAGUCAAACGGGGCCUCGCCUGAGGAAGCAGAACAGACCUCUGGCCCUCGACGCUUUAACAUGAAAAUGAUUUAAGUGGAUUUAAUGGGAUACCAAUGGGAAUUUAUGCACACAGACCCAUUGAUGGGACCGUCCAUGUCCGGAUGUACACGUGCCCUUGACACAACACUCAUGCGGAUGUUUUCCUGAACUUUAAUGGGAGGAAAAUGUGUGAAAGUAUGUGUCAAUUAUGAACUAUUUUCAAUUUAUAUGAAUCCCUCUUAGUAAGAGGAUGCAUUC